CCGAGGAGCUCUAACCUCUCGAAGGACGCACAGAAGUGUUACGGGCGUUCCGUCGAAUUAUUCGCAAUAAUUCACAAUGCCGCUGGAGAACCUGGAGGAGGAGGGUUUGGAGAAGAACCCGAAUUUGGAGCUGGCGCAGACGAAAUUUCUGCUGGGUCUUCGCGAACACACGGACGAUGCCGCCCUGAAGACCAAACUCCUGGACGCCAUCAAAGCCGAUAAUAUGGCUCCGUUCUACGAAGAGGUAUGCAACUACCUGAAUUGGCCAGUCGACGAGGCGUUUCUCGCAACGAUGAAGGCGCAUAAUGCGGAACAGUUGAAGAAACUCGACGACGCCAUCGAGGAUGCUGAGAAAAAUCUGAGCGAGAUGGAAGUCCGGGAAGCCAACUUAAAGAAAUCCGAGUACCUUUGUCGAAUAGGCGACAAGGAAGGCGCAAUCUCGGCGUUUAGGAAAACUUAUGACAAAACAGUAUCGUUAGGGCACAGAUUAGACAUUGUAUUUCACAACAUUAGGAUCGGCUUGUUCUACCUGGACCACGAUCAUAUUACCAGAAAUAUCGAAAAGGCAAAAAGCUUGAUAGAAGAGGGCGGUGAUUGGGACAGACGAAAUCGUUUGAAAGUUUAUCAAGGGAUAUACUGCAUAGCGAUUCGCAACUUCAAGGAAGCGGCGAACUUCUUUUUGGACACAAUUAGCACAUUUACGAGUUACGAGCUCAUGGAUUAUAACACGUUUGUGAGAUACACGGUAUACUUGAGCAUGAUAAGUCUUCCACGGAACGAGCUGAGAGACAAAAUCAUCAAGGGAUCCGAGAUACUGGAGGUACUUCACAGUAAUCCAGACGUCAAGGAUUACUUGUUUUCACUGUAUAAUUGUCAUUAUGCAGAUUUUUUCAAGAACCUUGCACACGUUGAAGGAGUGCUACGCCGGGAUUACUUAGUAUUUCCUCAUUAUCGAUAUUACGUUCGGGAGAUGCGAAUUCUCGCGUAUACGCAAUUACUGGAAUCCUAUCGGUCUUUGACCCUCCAGUAUAUGGCUGAAGCAUUCGGCGUCACCGUCGAAUACAUUGAUCAAGAACUGUCACGCUUCAUAGCCGCAGGUCGGUUGCACUGCAAGGUCGAUCGAGUCGGAGGCGUAGUCGAAACGAAUCGGCCAGACAGCAAGAAUUGGCAAUAUCAAGCGAUGGUGAAGCAAGGAGAUCUUCUACUCAACAGGGUGCAGAAAUUAUCGCGCGUUAUUAAUAUUUAAUUUCCUACAUUUGUAUAAUCAAAGAGAUUAUAUGCUAACUGUAUUAAGAAACAAUCGAGAUCGACUACAUGAGUGUCUACUGUAUAUCUGUUUUAAAGAGCCUGUAUGUCAAGUUUUAGCUCGAGUUUUGUAACAAAGAAAACUAAAAAUGUCACGUUUGAUGAUUUUGUAAACAAGAUACAUGAAUAUUUCUCGCGGAA